UAGUAAUACUAUUCUCCUGACGCUUCAUUUGAUGUAUGGCUCAUUUAGACGAUAUCAGAAGGGCAAUUCUGGUGCCUACACAAAGGAUUACCACAAUUUACUAGGCAAGACUCCUUGGAUUAUGGUGAAAAACCUCGUUCCUCGUAGAGUUUCUUCCCAUGUGGUAAAAGAAUUCAAAGCCCUCAUACCAACAAAACCUCACGACUCUGAACACAUGGAUGACAAUUUUGAACACGAUAUACCGGUGCUUAAUUUUUAUAUGUCCCCGCCCACUCGAACAGAUACCCUUUCAGAAGGCGAUAUCGUCACCGCAUUUUCUCAGUUUGGCGAGAUCGCCGAUGUUCGCUUUGUUCGGCAUCGAAAGACGGGGGAAUUUCUCGGAACGGCUUUUAUUCUUUAUGAGAAUUACCUUAGCGGCAUCGUCGCGGCGGAUGAGAUGAACAGUAAUUUUGAGGAUGGCCUUAUUGUCGUACUGGAUGUGCGUGGGAAGGAGGCCGCGGAAUCGGGCAAUCUUACUGCGAGUCGCGCCCGUGAGUUGGGCAUCAUUGUCGAGCGUUGCGAGGAGGCUGAGAUUCCUAAAAUAGGGCUGACUACAGAGCCCAAUAGGAGUUAUAUUGAAUGGGCAAAACAGAGAAUAAAGACGAACCUUUCGAAAUAGGGUUCGGAGUUUGUUAUUAUUGUGGUCAUUUUUCUAUUCUUUUUGAUAGACACGGUUUUCAUCGUUUCUAGUUCCCCCCUCUUCACAACCUUUGGUUUCCUGCGUGGGAUUUAAAUGCUUAUCACACUGAUAAGUAAUUCAUCGAGCUACACACGAGUGGAUGAUGUGUUCGCUCUCAAAAGUAAUAGAAGGAAUCACGGCGGGUUGGGUGUGAGAGGCAUUUUCAUUAAAAAUCGCACCUUAUGGGGGAGUUAAUAGGGUACUUUUUGGCUGCAAUCAUUUGUUCCUAAAUAUACCCUUGAAACCUUAAUUUUUAAUUGCCUUUUCUCUACAAUUCUAUUGUGAGGACCUGUGAUAACGUCCUUUUGGACGGGUACAGUUUCCAUCACUGUUUGUUGUGUUCAGCCAAUCCUACGUUCUGUGGAAUCUAUUAAAAUUUCCCAAUGAAGAGCAAAUGGUGUGUGGGCUUUUUGUUUAUAAUGCAUAAGCCUCCCUCACCACGCGUGCAAGGAAGAAUGGAAGAAAAAAAAA